AUGUCAAUAUGGGUCCGGAAGGCCCUCUCCCAAAGUGGCGUGCAAGGGCGACCCGCCAUUUUCAAAUCCUCGUGGAAUCCUCUCAGUAACAAAGCUCACUCACCCCGCUUUGCAGCACCCCUGCUACCCCAGAUUACCACAUUCAUUCCCUGGAAUGCAUGCCAUUGGGCCUCUCCGCUAAACUCCGGGGUGUCACUAUUACAACUUGGCGCGCACCUCUGGCUGGUCGUUCGAGGACUCGGCGCGGGACACAGAAACAGCACAACCAACCAGCUACGACGAACAGACGCUGGACAGAAAGAGGAAUACACUUUUUUCAACAUGACGAGGACGGCACAUGCUGUGGAUCUCUAUGAGAUUCUGUCUCUUCCCUUCACGGGGUCUUCGCCGACAGUCCUCUCCAAGCAACAGAUCAAGAUCGCAUACCAUAAAGCAUUGCUGAAACACCACCCUGACAAGGCGGGUGCUGUCGCAAGGGAGACCGGAUCCGAUGGCAACUUGUCGCGACAGCUGUACACCAUCGACCAGAUCACCACCGCCUACAAGACCCUAUCGGACCCCGCCCUCCGCGCUGAAUAUGAUCGCUCUCUACGUCUGGAUAGGCUGAAGGUCGCGGAACGGGAGAAGACUGACAAUGUGUUCCAUACCGGCUUGGAGAUCGUGGAUUUGGAAGAUCUUGCCUGCGAGGAGGCAGAAGGCGGCGACGGCGACUGCUGGUAUCGCGGAUGUCGGUGCGGUGAUGAGCGCGGGUUUUUGGUCAACGAGGAAGAUUUGGAGAGGGAGGCGGAGCAUGGCGAGAUCAUUAUCGGGUGUCGCGGGUGCAGUCUCUGGUUGAAGAUUCUGUUUGCCGUUGAGGCAGGUGAGGGAUGA